CGGAGUAGGGCGGAGCGGGCGGCAAACGCAGCACUUUCCGCGGCUUUGACAAGCCCGCGGCGGCCGGGCCCAAGCGUUAAACGGGGCCGGGACUGCGCCAUGCAGGAAGCGCCAGCCGCGCUCCCCACGGAGCCGGGCCCUAGCCCCGUGCCAGCCUUCCUUGGCAAGCUAUGGGCGCUGGUGGGCGACCCGGGCACCGACCACCUGAUCCGCUGGAGCCCGAGCGGGACCAGUUUCCUCGUCAGCGACCAGAGCCGCUUCGCCAAGGAAGUGCUGCCCCAGUACUUCAAGCACAGCAACAUGGCGAGCUUUGUGCGGCAACUCAACAUGUACGGUUUUCGGAAGGUGGUGAGCAUCGAGCAGGGUGGCCUGCUGAGGCCGGAACGGGACCACGUCGAGUUCCAGCACCCGAGCUUCGUGCGCGGCCGAGAGCAAUUACUGGAACGCGUGCGGCGUAAGGUGCCUGCGCUGCGCAGCGACGACGGCCGCUGGCGCCCUGAGGACCUGGGCCGGCUUCUGGGCGAGGUGCAGGCUUUUCGGGGAGUGCAGGAGAGCACCGAGGCGCGGCUGCGGGAGCUCAGGCAGCAGAACGAGAUCUUGUGGAGGGAGGUGGUGACGCUGCGGCAGAGCCACGGUCAGCAGCAUCGCAUCAUUGGCAAGCUGAUCCAGUGCCUCUUUGGGCCACUUCAGGCGGGGUCCAGCAGCGCAGGAACUAAGAGAAAGCUGUCCCUGAUGCUGGAUGAGGGGUGCCCAACACCAGCCAAAUUCAACGCCUGCCCCUUACCUGGUGCCCUCCUGCAGGACCCCUACUUUAUCCAGUCGCCUCUCCCGGAGACAACCCUGGGCCUCAGCAGUCCUCACAGGGCCAGGGGCCCCAUCAUCUCUGACAUUCCGGAAGACUCUCCAUCCCCUGAAGGAACCAGACUUUCUCCCUCCAGUGGUGGCAGGAGGGAGAAGGGCCUGGCACUGCUCAAAGAAGAGCCAGCCAGCCCAGGGGGGGAAGGCGAGGCCGGGCUGGCCCUGGCCCCAAACGAGUGUGACUUCUGCGUGACAGCACCCCCACCGCUGCCUGUGGCUGUGGUGCAGGCCAUCCUGGAAGGGAAAGGGAGCCUCAGCCCCGAGGGGCCCAGGAGUGCCCAGCAGCCUGAACCAAGAGGCCCCAGGGAGGUUCCUGACAGGGGGCCUCUGGACCUAGAGAGAGGAGCCCGGAGCCCAGAGAGUCUGUUGCCUCCAAUGCUGCUUCGGGCCCCCCCUGAAAGUGUGGAGCCUGCAGGGCCCCUAGAUGUGCUGGGCACCAGCCUCCAAGGGCGGGAGUGGACUCUCAUGGACUUAGACAUGGAGCUGUCCCUGCCCUGGCCGCCCCGCCCUCGCCGCAGCUGCUGCUUCCAUCAACACCCCGCCGGGCCCUUUCUGCCUCGUCAUCUCCUGCCCCGCCGAGGCUCGACCCGUGAGUGGGGCCGCCGGGAGCGCACGGACCAGGAGCCCCCCCGACCCCCGGCUGCGGUAGGGAAGAGAAACAGUUUGGGCAAAAUCCGCGCCCCACCAAAACAAGCCGCGCCCGAAGGAGCCCCCACCAUGGGCAACACGCAGGAGAGGCCAUCAGAGACGAUCGACCGCGAGCGGAAACGCCUGGUAGAGACGCUGCAGUCGGACUCGGGGCUGCUGCUGGAUGCGCUGCUGGCACGGGGCGUGCUCACCGGGCCCGAAUACGAGGCGUUGGACGCGCUGCCUGAUGCCGAGCGCAGGGUACGCCGCCUGCUGCUGCUGGUGCAAAGCAAGGGCGAAGCAGCCUGCCAGGAGCUGCUGAGCUGCGCCCAGCGAACCGUGCGCGCGCCCGACCCCGCCUGGGACUGGCAGCACGUGGGCACGGGCUACCGAGAACGAAGCUACGACCCUCCAUGCCCAGGCCACUGGACUCCUGAGGCAGCUGGCUCAGGGACCGCAUGCCCCUGGCUGCCCGGAACUUCAGAUUGCGAUGAGGCCCAGGGUCCUGAGGACUCCAAGGCAGCGCAAUCCGGAACCCUCGAGGAAACUGAGCCAGAGCUGGAAGCUGAGACCUCUGAAGGGGCUGAGCCGGAGUUGGAACCCCAAAUGGAUCCGGAACCAGAGCCAGGGACAGAACCAGAGCCAGAACUGGAGCCGGAGCCGGACCUAGAGGCUGGGGACGAAUCUGAAGAUUCCUGAAAGCCUUAACGCUGACAGGCCGCUCCUCGCCCUAGCAGGAUGGGAUCUAGGAUCCUGCCCUGCUGGGGUCAGAUGCCACGAAGGCUCCAUCUGUCCCAGUACCAUUGAAAGUGAAUAAACUCUGGAGGGUCAGCUUGGA